GGGAAAAAAAUCAACGAUGUGCUCGGUAAGUAACUAUAAAAGAUAAUCCUUUUCGAGAAACCACCCUACGAAUCAAUGUUUCGUAGAUCUGUCCGUGGGCUACACACCAAUAGCGAAACAAGAGUUGGGGAUGGAGCAUUGCACUCCUGUGUUCCAAUUCUCUGGGAUCAAAAUCCAUGAACAGAAGAGAGCUUUGAUUCAGGGAAUAUAUCUUUUGAGUGGAAAAUAUAUUGGAGGAUCUGUUUACCAGGGCACAUGCACCCAUUUAGUAAUUCCUCACGUUUUAGCCAGUGAGAAAUUUUUGGCUUCAUGUGCUGCAGGAAAGUGGAUUGUGACUCCAGACUAUAUUAUGGACAGUGUUCAAAAUGGUUUCUGGCUCUCCGAGGGACUCUAUGAGGUGGCCGUUCCCACAGGUACUACGUCUGCCUUCUAUCCCGCAAGACACUGGAGGAAGAAGGUGACCAGUGGGGAAAUAACAGGGGCCUUCCAAGGCUGGAAAGUUCUUCUCAUGAUUGAAGAUCUUACCUAUUCAGUCAUGUUCAAACGGAUCCUGGAAGCUGGUACCGCCAUAGUAUACACCUAUCCUCCGCCCUCUCAAACUGCCAUCAAUCACGUCAUAGUCAAGGCCAUGAUACAGGACACGAGCUCUCACGAUGUUUCUUGCAUCCCUGUGACCGACAUCAUCCAGCACCUCUUUGGGGAAAAUUGUGUUCACAUGAAGUUCAGCGUAAUAAAUAAUAUAAAUUCAGCAAAGGAGGCCAGUGUUGCGGAUGUUGAUUUUUCUAAACUGGAGGCAGACCUCAGGGACGCCAUCAUUGAACAGGAGGAUCGGCCAAGACUUCUCUUCCUUGAAUUUCUGAGUUAUCAUGACCCACAUCAUCCUUUGUCACAGGUAAUUGAAACAGACUUUGGCAACAUUGGUACGAUGAUAGAAUGUGGCCUCUUCAUCGAAGCCAUGGACACAAUUCGAAGUGCAGUGAUCCCUGGGAUUCUGCCACCAGCAUCAUACCUAGGGGCUCUCAUUGAGUAUGCACAGCAGGGUAAUACCACAACUCUCUUCCUGAGGACUUUCCAACAAACAAUGCAUAGGUUGCUAAUUGCCAAUCCUCCUUGGCUGGCUCCUGCGAACGUGAAGAAGUAUUUUAGUCAGGUUUUGCAGUGCCCUUACUGCAAGAUGGGCCAGUGGCCUUUUCUCGAGACAGCCAUAAGUUACUGCCUGUCAAGUGAAGCCACUUGUCACCAGCUCCCUGGGCCGGCACUGCCAACUCUCUUAAACUUCUACACUGAUGUCCUGGCAUUUUUCCUCAAGCUCUUCCAAGGGGAACUCUACUCCGUCACCCCAGGGGAUUUCAUAGAGCUUCCAGGACUCUCUCAGGUAUCAAAAUCAGGCUUAUUGCUGUAUAGAACCUUCUGGACUGUGUGGGAACAGUCCACCCUGCUGUCUUGCGCUGUAAGAAAGCUUGUCCGAUUCAUGAUGCUGGCUGCCUGUGGGGACAAUGCUGAGAGUGACAAGGAGCACAAAUGGCAUCUCUUGGCCAUGUUGCUGGACCUCCUGUCAGUCUUGGUAGAGUUUUGGUAUAGGUACCACUGCAAACUGAACCAGAAGCUUGUGGAAAGGGGCCUAAAAGACCUAGCAGACCACUUUGCCAUCAGCAGCCAAUGUCUGUCUCCAGUGGUCCUUGCAGAGAUGCUGGCCAGAGUUUCCUCAACCAGGCUUAAACUUGCAUUGGUAGAUGCAAUAUUCAGGAAUAUCUGCUGCACAAAUGGAAUUACACUAUGUGGAGAACCUCUGUCUCUCAAGAAAGUGGUGCUGUCCUACUUGCCUGCGCUUGGAUGUUUAGCUCGGUGUCAGAGCGGAAGACAACACACUGCCAACAGCUGCACAAGCCCGGACACCAACUGUGGAACUCUGAGCCCAGUGAAGAAUGAAUCGAGGCAAGAAUGCAUCCCAAGAGGCCUCAACAAAGUUAAUGCAGCAGGCGAGACCCUCCUCCAUAGAGCAUGCAAGAGGAACCAGGUGGAAAUUGUUCUUGAGAUUCUGGCAAAACCUGGCAUUGAUGUCAAUGUUAAAGACUACGUAGGAUGGACACCCCUCCACGAAGCGUGCAACUAUGGCAGCACUGCGUGCGUGGAGGCUUUGCUACGCCACCAGCCCGCCCCUCUUAUUAAUUACGUGGUGGACGGAAUUAGUCCUCUGCAUGAUGCCCUGCUCAACGGGCACAUGGACAUUGCCAAAAUCCUUCUGGAGGCUGCAGGCUCUGAGCUACUUCAGCAAGCAGACAGAGAAGGCCACACUCCAUUGGACCUCGUUUCCGACACAAGUGAGAGGGCAGAGCUUAUCCACAGCGCCCAAGUGGGCGACUCCAAGCUGAACUCUGCGAAGGUGUGGAACCACACCCUCCUGGAGGCGGGGUCCUGCAUGUUGGCACACCUCCUCGUGUGCUACCAGCAGGAGAAAGGCCUGCCGGGCUCCACGCCUGCCAUCGACGUGGGGCGCUUGCUGGUACGGGCCCUGGAGGCGCACCACCUCCAAAGAGUGACGCUUGGCUGGACGGAUCAGCGAGCAGUGAGUCUGGCCGAUGAUACCCAGACGUUGCUGGAACUGGCCAAAGGGAAACACUCGGGGCAAGUUUGUGAGGCAGUGAAAGCAUAUGAAGGAGAGAAUACGGUCAUCCUCAUGGUGGUCCUGGGCAAUAUUCAAGCAAAAGGACUGUCCCUUUUGGCUGAAGUAAACAAAUAUUGAGAACGCACAUAGUCAUGGAUGCCUGGAGGCUUAUUAUUGCACAUGUUUUUGUACUUAUAUGCCACAUAAAUUGAGAUUGUCAAAAAAUGUUCGACUUGUACUACUUCAUGCUUAUUUCAGAUAUGCACACAGAGCUGUGAGUUGUUUUUUUUCAAUGUUGAAAUAGUGUUUAUAUAUAUAUCGCAAUAAUGCAUCUAAACUUGGUUCGCUUCAGUAGUUAAUUCAAAGAGCAAGUUUUAUCAGGCAGAUUAAAAGAUUUAGUCAGUAGUCAAUUCCUGCCUAAUUUCUAAAUUCCUAAUUUUGAUUGUUCCUGGUACAAUAUUGAUUUUUUUUUUUUUUUUUAAAUUACAAUUUGAAUCUUUUCACUUUUUGAAUUAGGAUACUGAAAUAAAUUGCGUUCCAUUCCACAAUGUUCUGAUUUAUUGGUGCAUCUGUAUUAUUGGCAUACACAAUUUCUUUCAGGGCGUGGACAUUGAUUUGAACCAGUACAAGUGCAAUGUUAAAAUUCUACUUUUAAAAUAAUAAAGCUCAGUUUUAAU